AUGGCAACCGUAUCUACGCCUUAUACAUACCGUCGCGAUGACUAUGAACUGACAAUCCCCCUUCCUCAUCAUCACCACCACUUUUCAACUCGGCCUUUUUGGACCUUCCCACUUGGACACAUUCCAUCAGAAAUUUGGAUUCCCAUUUUUCUGCCUCACGAGAAAUCUGUCAAGACGACCAUGCCCACUCUAACCGGCCUAUACUGUCCGUCGACCGGCCUGAGUAACCACGGUCGAGCAUCUCUCAAAUCAGGUUCAUUGCUACCAACAUUAUCUCAGUUCGGGUGUGAACGAAAUCGUGUGUUGACCAGUCUUCGCCUCUAA